AUGGCAAUUCAAGAUAUUGGAAUUCCAAAUGCUCCAUACUCAUCUAGCGCCGCAAAACCUAUGAAAAGGCCCGUCGACUUCUCAAAAUGGAGGAAAUACCAAAUUGUCAUCGCUGGUACUAUAUUCGCAUACAAUGGAUCUCUCGGGGCAUCUCUGCCAUCGGGAGCAUCAUCAAUCAUUGCAGACUCUUUCCAGGUCUCUCAUGACAGUCCACGCCUCGUACUCCUGAACUACCUAUAUCUUCUCGGCUUUGCAAUCGGCCCCGUGGUAUUCGGUCCGAUGAGCGAGUUUUUCGGUCGGAGACCAGUUUUCAUUGGAACAUAUCUUGCCUACACAUUUCUUACAGUUGGAUGUGCUCUAUCCCCAAGCUUCGAAGCGCUGUUGGCUUUCAGAUUUCUGUGUGGCAUAAAUGGGUCUGUUCCGAACGCUGUUCUAGGUGGGCUGUACAGCGAUAUCUAUAACACGCCCAAUCAGCGUGGAAAUGCAAUGGCUAUCUUCAUCUUCGUUGCUAUUGCUGGCCCAAUGACAGGACCUCUAAUUUCAGGGUAUGCGGUCUUGCUUGGAUGGCGAUGGGUAUUCUGGAUCGCUUUGAUGAUUGCCGGAGCUGGAGUCCCAUUCGUGCUAUUGGUCCCCGAGACAUACCUGCCGGUUCUGAUUAGGAAGUGGAAGAAAGACGACGUAGAGCUCGGUGGUGGUCAUCAUAGAAGGACUGAAGUGCCAUUUAAAUUUGGGGAAAUCUUCAUUCGGCCAUAUGCCAUGCUUCUCACAGAGCCCAUUGUUUCAUUUACGUCUCUGUAUCUCUCAGUGAUAUAUGCAGUGCUUUUUUUGUUUUUCCAGGCUUACCCAAAGAUUUUCGAAGGUCUGUAUGGGCUAUCUACCGGUGUUAACGGAUUGGCAUUUAUUCCGAUGGUAUUUGGCUCACUGCUUGGGCUUUGUACCUUCCUGGCAUAUGUCUCUUUCCAUAGCAAAGUUUUAGAUGCAGGUAAAGCCUGGGCCUUAAUAGAAGAAUACCGCCGCCUUCCACUGGCGUGUGUUGCUGCUCCCACAAUUGUUGUGGCGGUGUUCUGGAUUGCUUGGACCUCCUACACCUUCAUCCAUCCAGCAGUACCCAUGAUGGCCGGUAUAUUCUUCGGAUUUGGUUAUUUUCUGGUUUUUACUGCGAUGCUCAAUUACCUAACCGAUGCAUACAAAGAAGGUUCUGCAUCGGCGCAGGCAGCUGCAAGUGGGACGCGAGCGAUCAUGGCCGUCGCCCUACCUUUUGCAACGACGUCGAUGUAUGAUACUCUGGGUGUACACUGGGCUAACUCGCUCAUCGGAUUCAUCGCUUUGACGUUGACUCUUAUUCCGUUUGCUUUCAUAAGAUACGGCAAAUUGCUGAGGCUGAAAAGUAAAAUGCUGUCUGCGACAAGUUAG